GUCGAUUAAAAUGGUUUGUAAACGGGUCUAUUACAUCGCGACUGGCGAUAUGGGUGGCCAUUGGAGAGAGUUUUGAUCAUGAGGAAGUCAGAUAUAAUUUAAACGAUCACAACCAUGAUGACGGCGAUCUGUCGAAUUACGGAAUAAAGUCUUGAGAACGUCGUGCGUCUUCGCUGGAACUGACACGUCUGGAUACAAAUACUUCACUGAUAUUAGCACUGCUUAUGGAAAGAUGGUUUGUUUUAGGUACCCGGUAGCUGUCAUGUCUGUGGUCCUAUUGGCUCUUCUUCGUCACGUGACGGCAUCCUUUCCGCUACUCUGUGGUCAAGAACUGGUCAAGGCUGUUGCAGCGGUGUGCAAUGAUCGCGGUUACUACGGUCAGCCAAGCAAAAGAUCAGCUGGUAUAUUUGAGCUGGAGACGCGGGCCAAGACAUUUCUGAAGUCCGGGAUGUCGAGAGGCGAGACUCGUCGGUCCAAACGAGGAGCAAGAACCGGUCUCAUCGUAACAGAAUGCUGUCUCAACCGAUGUUCCGUCUCUCACCUGGAAAGUUAUUGCAAUCCAUUGCCCCCGGAUGCAGUACACGAUGCGGAGGUGCACAUACGACUGGAGAAGUCCGCUGAGGAAGAUGCUGACGAAGGGCGCCCUCAAGAUGGCCCAAGUCAACUGGACACAGCUACAGGAACGGUCCCUGAGACUGAUACGUCGGAGACGCGAGGUCGGGUUCGAAUCGAUGCGGUCGAGAAAGUGAUAUCUGAAAGACUUAUUCCGACAUCGACCACGGGAUCGUCUCCGUCGCCAUCGAGGAAGAAACCUAGGAAAGACAAGAGCGAGAGAAGGAACUCAUCCAGGGAAGCCAAACAAGCCAGAAGAGAGGAGAGGAGAAGGAAUCGAGAAAGGGGUUCAGGUGGAAGAUCACGGAGUGGACGUCGGAAAGACAAGGACAAUGAUCGCGCUUCCAGAGCCAAAAGACAUGGCUUGAAUUUGUGGAGGAACAUGUUUUCGGACAAGUUUUUCAGUAACAUCCCAGGCCUCGAAAAUCAACCGAACCUUCACCCAGUAAACGGAAGAGCGCCAUCUUCGACCACCAUAGACACAUUUCAGAUGAAAUCUUCGAUCCCAAUACAAGAUUCUCCAGAAGGCAACGGGAAAGAGAACUUUGAACAAUCAUCUAUAAACCAGGAAGCCGAUAAAAAGAUGCGAUUUUCUGCUCUAAUGACAAAGUUGAGAACGAUGGUUUUAAAAUUUCCGAAAGAUAGGUGAGAGGAGCUCCAAUUCGUCAUAUAUAUUUUAUUUAAGUUGAAGAAAUAAAUGUAUGUUGAGAGCUGGAAGGUUGUUACCCAAUGUAGCUUCUAAUUGGGCACAAUUAGAAGGAGGUCAUGAAUAUGCACGCGCGGUUAAGAAUAUGAAUAUUCAUCAAACUGACACGACAUCAUCACAUGCAUAUUCAUGACCUCCAUCUCUAUAUGUAGAUGUGCCCAAUGAGAGGCUACCGUAUCGAAAUAUAUGAGUUGACACCCUUUUAGCACUCUGCAUGCGUCUUCGAAGUUAUUUAUUUGAAAUAAACAUGCUUUGAUUGGUCAAAUUCAAAGUUAUGCAUUCGCUU